AGCGAGAAAGGGGGGAAAAGACUGGGGGGGAAAAAAGAGAAAAUAAAACCGUGAGGAGGAUAAGAAGAGGUGUAGAAGUUAAGUAAUAAUAAUAAAAAAAAACAAGGGGGGGUGAAAAAAAAGGAAAGAAAUCCCUGAGUGGGUGAAACAUUAAGCGGGGGACGGACGGACGGACUCGGUGUCCCCCCACUACCUCCACCUCCACCACCGGACUCUGAAGUAAAGUUACGCCGUCCUCAGCGCACUUAGGCCCGGCUCCGAGUUCCUCCUCCUGCCCGGCCCUGACCCUGACACGGAGACUCGGAGUGAGACAGAGACUAGCCUCGGUCUCGGGCGGCUCCGGUGUGGAAGGCGGCCCGGGGAGCGGCGGCGGACACGGACACGAACGAAAGAUGCUGCGAUAAAGCGAGAGUGUGUGCAUGAGUGCGUGCGCCGAGGUCCAGCCUGCUCCGUCCUGCCAGUCCCCGAAUGGCACAGGGAAAUCAGCAGAUUGACACUCAAGUUCUGCAACAACUGCGCCAGAAGUUUCCAGAAGUGCCAGAGGGUGUGGUCUCUCAGUGUGUCCUUCAGAACAAGAACGACUUGGCAGCGUGCUGUGAGUACCUGACCCAGGUGAGCCCCGGCUUCCUGUACAGCGAGGGCGGCCUGAACGUGACAGACCUGCGCAAUCACAUGACCCAGCUCAACGUGGGCGUGUCGCAGAAUACCCAUGGUGCCGUGCAGCGCGAGCCAGUGAGGAUGAACGGCAGCAGGACUCUCUCGCACAGCCUGAGCGACGGGCCUGUCAACGGUCCCCCGACUCCAGCCUCCGACUUCUACCAGGCAGAGUCUCCGUCUCACACACACGCUCACACACACGCGCCCGCCGCCUUCUGCGUGAUGGAGCAGGCGCGGAAAUCUCAGCCGCCGCAUCACCUCGGCCUCUACCAGCUCGGGGUCAAAGGUCAGGGCUCGGCCACACCCCUUCCCACCACACCCCGUUUUAACCCCAUCACGGUGACGCUGGCCCCCAACGCCGGCCGAAACACGCCCACCUCGCUGCACAUCCAUGGCGGGCCUCAAGCCGGCCCCAACAGCCCCAACUCCAUCUACAUCCGGCCCUACGUCACCCAGAUCUCGCACCCGGGCGGCCCGCACCACCAGACCUCGCACGUUUACAUGCCCAUCAGCUCUCCCACCAACCCACAGCCCCCUUCAGCCUUCCAGGCUCCGCCCGCCGCAGCCUCUCAGGCCUCGUCCUCGUCCUCCUCGUCGUCAUCCUCAACCGUGCCUUCAUCUUUACCGGCGAUGGCGAUGGCCCCCUCGCUCGCGUCCUCCUUCAGCCAGUUCAACAUCCAGAACAUCUCCACAGGGCCCAGAAAGAACCAGAUCGAGAUCAAGCUCGAAUCUCCUCAGAGGGUGGGUGGAGCUGCUGCCGCUGCUGCCACGGCGACGCUGAUGUGCUCUGCCGCCGCGCCUCGGCCAGCUUCGGCUUCCGGGUCUUCGUCCUGCCCAUCGCCUUCCUCCUCUUCCUCCACGCCACUCUCUAUUGAGGGGGCGGGGCUUAGCCGAAGCCAGCCCACUGUCUAUAUUGCUGCCUCUCCUCCCGCCGCCGCCACCACGACACCGUCAGACGAGUGUGCUCUGAUCCCUCCUUCCGGUCGCUCGCAGCCCAAAUUCUACAUCUCCGCUAACACGUCUUCGGACGAGAGCGGCGCUCGGAACCCGCCCACGGUCUACAUAUCUGCCAACCCGGCUCUCCCUGGCGUGACGGGAGGGCGGAGCCUAGGCGGCCAAGUCAGCAUGGGGCCCGCUUACAUCCAUCAUCACCCGCCCAAAUCCCGGAGCUCUGUCGGGGUAGGGGUGGGGGUGGGGGCGGGAGGCGUGGCUACGUCACCACGAGUGGUGGUGACGCAGCCCAACACCAAAUACACCUUCAAGAUCACGGUGUCGCCGAACAAGCCGCCGGCCGUGUCCCCCGGCGUCGUGUCGCCUACGUUCGAGCCCACCAACAUGCUCAGCAUGCCCUCCGAUCAGCACUACCCCGAGCCCGAGGCCAUCAGCCUGCCUGAGCCGCUCUCGCCCAGCCGAGACCUGAGAGCCCCAGAGAGCCGCCGGCCCAGUAUGGGCUCCGACGACGCCGCGUACACGCAGGCGUUGUUGGUGCACCAGAAGGCGCGCAUGGAACGUCUGUGUCACGAGCUGAAGCUGAAAAAGAAGAACCUGGAGAAACUCAAAGAGGAAGUGAACGAGAUGGAGAACGACCUCACGAGGAGACGACUACAGAGGUCCAACUCGGUGUCUCAGAUACCGUCUCUUGAUGAGAUGCAGCAGCUGAGGUGUAAGAACAGGUUACUGCAGAUUGACAUUGAUUGUUUAACUAAAGAGAUCGACCUCCUGCAGACGCGUGGACCACACUUCAAUCCCAGUGCGAUCCAUAACUUUUACGACAACAUCGGCUUCCUCGGUCCCGUCCCCCCAAAACCCAAAGGUACUCCGGCAGCAGGCUCAGAUCACUGGGGCUCUUUGGACAGGAGAGGACGCAGAAUAAACGUCAGCUCCAAGCUGAAGAGAGACCCGUCUCUCCCUCCUGUUCCGCCCUGUCUCCCUGCUCCUGUGGGUGGGUAACACACACACUCUCUC